AAUCUUUCAUGCCAGGUCAGAUCCUGCCACUCAAUGCACACUAGCAAAUUGCACCCAUUGAAGCUAAGGCUUUGUCAUCCUCUGCUUCCUGUCCAUUCAAUCAUCCUAAAACUAAAACAAAAGCAAUUUUUGUUAAUACCCAAUUCCUCAUGGUGGUUCAAGCCUUUGCAUAAUUUCUUUCUUUUUGAGCAAAAAAGAAUAUCUUGUCUUUUUGACGAAGAAUUAUGCCAUGGAAGCCCUCAAUGCUGCAGGCUUGACACCAAUAUCAGUUCUUUGUGAAAAAAGAAAUGAACCCAGAAAGAUUUGGUGUCCUCCUACUUCGCCACUCAAAUUCUCGGGCUCUGCUCCUCUAAGCACUACCUCACUCUCUUUACAAGAUUGUUUAUCGAGGAGUUAUAGUGGGUCUCUGGUAGUCUUAUCUUCAGUUCUUAGCACUGGGCUGGCUAAAGCUUUAACAUACGAGGAAGCACUACAACAGUCAGCAGGCACAGCGGCAUCUGAGUCUGAUGCAAGUGGAGUUCUCGAUAAUGUUAUCAGUUUUGCAACUGAAAAUCCUGUUGUUAUAGCAGGUGGAGCUGUAGUUUUGGCAGUUCCAUUGAUUUUGUCUCAGAUUUUAAAGAAACCCAAGUCAUGGGGUGUUGAGUCUGCAAAAAAGGCUUAUGCUUUAUUGGGUGAUGAUGCAAAUGCUCAAUUACUUGAUAUAAGAGCGCCUGUGGAGUUAAGAAAAGUGGGUACCCCUGAUAUCAGGGGUUUCAAAAAGAAGCCCGUGCCAAUUUCUUACAACGGUGAAGAUAAGACAGGUUUCUUGAAGAGGCUGUCUUUGAAGUUCAAGGAACCAGAAAACACUACAUUGUUCAUUCUAGAUAAAUACGAUGGGAACUCUGAACUGGUGGCAGAGUUGGUCACUGUAAAUGGAUUUAAAGCUGCUUAUGCAAUAAAAGAUGGAGCAGAAGGACCUAAGGGAUGGACGAACAGCAGUCUUCCUUGGAUACCACCAAGUAAAACCUUGAGUUUUGAUCUUAGCAGUUUGACAGAUGCUUUUUCAAUCGGAGAUGGCUCUGAUGUUUUGCCUGUCACCGUCACCAUUGCAGCAGCUGCUGGCUUAGGUGCAUUAGCAUUUUCAGAGAUCGAAACAAUACUCCAAGUGUUAGGCUCAGCUGCAAUUAUUCAGUUCGCAAGUAAGAAACUCCUGUAUGCAGAGGAACGAAAGCAAACUCUGAAACAAGUUGAUGAAUUCUUAAACACGAAGAUUGCACCGAAAGAGCUUGCUGAUGAGAUAAAGCAAAUAGGGAAGGCCCUUCUACCCUCAACUACCACAAAUAAGGCACUUCCUCCCCCAGCAGAAGCAAGUUCAGAGCCUGCUGCUGCUGAAAAUACUGUACAGAAGGCAGAAGCUGUUGCAGAACCAGCUCCUCAAAUAAAUUCAGCUAAAGCAGGAUCAGUUUCUGGGUUUUCAAGGCCGCUUUCGCCUUAUGCAUCUUAUCCGGAUCUGAAGCCUCCAACAUCUCCUACUCCAUCACAGCCCUAAAAGUUACAGUUGCAUUGAAGUCUUCAAGCAUGUUUUCCAAGACAGGCAACUGUUUUUGCCUGCAAUUUUCUGGGGCUAUUUUGUGAGUCAUCAAUUCUAUGCUCCUGAUAUAUAAUAUUUCAAGCUUUAGAAGGCAUAAGAUUACGAAGUCAUGGCCAGCCAACAUGACACUGUUAUUUUUAGCUCCUUUUGUAGAAGUAGUUCAUGAUUGACACCAUCUUUUACAUGCUAAGUUGCUAUUUUCUUCUGUUAAUGGAGUCAUUUGGGUUUGAACCGUGUAAUAUUUUUUUGGGAUUGUGAUGGUGACGGGGAAGAAUGUCUAGUAGCUCGUCUGGUCGAUAUGACCCGAGUUUAUGUGUAAACAUCGACUCUUUUCUUAAAAGAGUUGAAAGUGUCGUACCACUCCCUGCUCAAAGAUGCUCUAAUAAGCCCUUUGUGUUGAUCAAUAAAUAAAUUAAUUGGAGACUGGUAUUUAUUUAA